AUGGCCUUCGUCACGAAAGACCCUGGCAAAGCCCACGACAUGGAGAUGAUGAGAAGGCUCAUAACAUUGGAGGUGGAGUUGAAGCUGGAGAGAGAGCAACAUACAAUGGCCAAGCAGUGUAUCAACUACAUGGCUCUCCAGCUCGCCGGACAGCACCAAAGACAUCUUCAAGAUCCAGUCGCAGAAGAACACCAGACCCGCGGUAGAAGACUCGAGAGACCACACCGCAUCCCCGAAUUCAGACUCAGACAUGAGAUCGAGCAAAAAGAAGAGUUCAAGGGCGAGCAUAGAGCCGAACCAGAAGAUCUCCUCGACUGUGAUGACGAUGAUGUUCAGAUCCAGUCCAUGCGUCCGCCUACCACAUUGCCAUCAAACACACCUCCCACCCCCCUCAGCCCGAACUUCGACAUAGGAUACAGGGCCGACUGCCAUGAGUUCCUGAACCGGAACAGAAAAGGGCCCAGACUCGUUGACGACAGCGAUGCAGCACAACCCACUCUUCUCACAUUCGAGAACAGUGGUGUCAACCAUGAAACUUCUGAUCCAGAUGUCGACAACGACAUACAAGAGAAACUAGCCCCAGACACACCACGCGAAGAAAAGUUCCAGAAACCUCUUUCCCUCGAGAAUCUUUCCGACAGGUACAAGAAUAACGAACCCACGAUCGAUGGCAUCAACGCAUCAAAAUGGGCCAAAGCCGAAGCCGAAAAGAGAGCCAGAGUCCAAGAGGUUCCAGGAGAUCUGAUGUCCUUCCCAGAAGUCGAUGACCACGAUGUCCCAAUCGACGAAAGAGACUUUACAGCGGCCGAACUCGAAGAACCCGAGGACACAAGAACCGACGAAGAAAUCGAAGCAGCAAAGCAAAAGCACGCAGCCGAGCUCCGCAGGAACCAGGCUUUGGUCAUGUACAAUCCAGCACCCAGCGAAGACACCCUCCGAACCGUUCUCGUCAGCGACAUCCCAGCAAAAAUGACAACGGCAGAUGUCACAAGCAUAGUAUGCGGUGGCAUCAUCGUCAAGAUUCAGGACAUGCACACUACACCAAUCACAGGCAGUGAGAGCAUGCUGAUCACCUUCCUCCGCGCCAAAGACGCCCGCAACUUCUUGAGCUACGUGAAGGAAAGCAGCAGGCCCAAAUUCAGACUUCUGGAAACACCUACUUAUCCAAUCAACGAGAUUCUCGCCGACGACAUCAUGUACAAUGGCGUUUCACGUUGCCUGGCCAUCUUCGACUUGCACAGAGACAUCACACUGGCGAAUCUUUGCAACGCUCUUCGUCAGUGGCCAAGCAGAGAUGAUCGCAUCGUUAGCGUCUGCAGAGACAGACAUGGCGUUUGUCAUGUGGAGUUCAGAUCGGUGUUGGCAGCUCUGGACGGAUAUUCCGAACUUCGCUACAAGCUGUCCAGACGCUUCUCUAGGGUCGAGUAUGGUCGUGAUCCAUGUGAUCGUCCGAUUCCAGGCAUGGUCGAGGAAGAGGAGCCGGAGAAGGCAGACAGCGAGGAGACUUCCGAGGAUGGCGAGAUUAAAGAGCUGAAGGACCAAGAUGAGAAGGAUAUUGAGGAGUCUGAGACUACCGCAGGCGCAGAAAUAUCGUCGGAAUCUGGAGUUGGAAGAGACGCAGAUGGCUGGCCUGUCGGAGAGCUGGACUACUAG